AUGAAUGAGCUAGUUAAAGAUUGCAGUCAUCCUAUUAUUGAAAAAAGGUUGAAGGAUCUGGUAGAGUAUAUACGUGAUGAUGGGAACAAGAACAAAAAUAUUGCAUGCCAUUAUCUACUGCAUAAUAAAGAAAUAGAGACUAUAUAUGAUCGCGAUAGUUUUGAAUACCGGUUAUAUUUGCAAUUUGGUCCCCAAAAUAAUAAAACAUUAGCUUAUGGACAUAUUAAAUAUGUGAUCAUUGAAGCUAAAGCUAAACAUAUUCAUAAACUUUGGAAUGAUGGAAAACAACUCAUUGAGCACUACAGGAAACUUUUAGAUAUUAAAAUUACCAAUAACUUUGGAUUAUUAAGUGAUGAUGAAUUUGAAGUGGAACAAGAAGAUAAAUUGAACCAAAGUGAAUUAGGUGAAGAUGAUUAUCACUUAACUAUCUCAAUUCCAAUAUCUGUACUAAAUGAACGAUAUUCAAACUGCAACAAAUUGGAUUAUAGUAAUAUAAAAUCAUUUGCAUUUAUUAUGCUUACUUCUUGUUUAAGAUUAUGUUUAUAUUCUGGCAACAUAUUGAAUAUGAUCAGAUACAUUACUUUUUCUAGUUUAGAUGAUAUCAGCAGCAUUAACAUUCAUUCAAGUAUACACUUUGAGACUCACAAAGCUGUUGAAUGUAUACACUUAAAUUCGGAAACUAUUUGGUUUUAUUACCCCAAUAAUUUAAAUAUUGAUGAUAUUUUAGUAGUUAUUGAAAGUUGCAACAACAGUACACUUCAAAACUCUCUUGCUUCUCACUUCUAUCAAGAACUAUCAAUUGCUUUCAAUUCAAGAAUGAAUAUUCAAGGAAAAGUAGGGAAGUUACAUGGCAUUAAAAUUUCAUACCCCUUAUUAUCUUCGGAAACUCUUCUAGAAAUUGAUAAUACAAAAAAUUUAUAUAUUACUUUCAACUUGCCUUUACACUGGCUUAAGAGCUCAACUGAUUCUAAGAAACUUUCUAUCGCUAUUCUUAUAGCUUCAAUUCAAGAUAUCACAUGUAAAAUUGUGUAUCAAGGCAAAUGUUCACUUCGCUGUGGCUUGCGAAGGCAUGUACUACAGCUUAUAACACAAGAGUGUAGAGGAUACUGA